AUGGAGCUCCUCACUGUUCCAGAGCUAUGCGAGUAUAUUGGAACACUGAAAGUUGCCGAGCUGAAGGAACAUAUCAAGGCCUUCAAUGAGCGUCUCCCCUUCAGCUCGCAUAUUCGACUAUCUGGCAACAAACCUGAGCUGGCACAGCGACUGAUCGAGGCCGUGGUAGCGGCUAGUACUGUAUCGAGACACUAUAAUGAAAUGCUUAUCGUGAUGAUGCCCUUAGGUCUCUCGCACUGGUUGGGUGACGUGGCACGCAUGCGACGAGCAUCGCAACAGUACAUGCAUAUGUAUGGCCAUUCACCUGGCACUGGGCCGGCCGGGACCAGUGGCACACGCCCUGCCAGCGGUACACAGACAGGAGGAACGAAUGGUGGAGCUGCCUAUGUUGCCGGAACAUCUCGCUUGCCUACUGAUACGAGCCUUUCGUCUCCGGCCUCAUCGAGGUCGACGCCCACUCUCGCACAAGGCUCCCUUAAGCAGCUGCAUUUUUGGCCGUCGCCUUUCUAUGAGGUAAAAGAGUUUGUCUCGUCUAUUGUGCAGGUACCUGAGGCCCCCCCACCGUCUGGGCGCCGCCAGGUCGGAAUGUCGUUUACACUGUCGGCCCAGCAGGUCGAACUUUUGUUGCAUACCCCGUCUACCUACCAGCUGCGCCUUUUUUGUACGACAUUUGAACACUUCAUGGCCUCUGUCUCCCCGCCCAAGCAAGCUGCACCCGUGGAGUUUCCUCACACCAGCGAGGCUCGCAUCAACGAUCGCUCACUGGGUGUUAGCCUCAAAGGCAACAAAAAACAUGUCGGGCGUGUGGCGCCGCCCAAUCUCAACCGCCUCGGUCACCUGCAUUUACAGCCAAACCGACUGAAUCGUGUUGAAUUGUCCUACGCAAAUGCGCCAAUGCGGUAUACCAUGGUUAUUGCUUUAUGCAAAGUGACUAGUGCCGAGCAGCUCACGGAGCAGCUCAAGCUUAAGCAGUACCGGAGUAAAGAAUCGGUAAUUGAAAAAAUGCGCCAGCAGGCGCAGGAUGACGACAUUGUCACCGGUGCAUCCACGCUCAAGCUUACGUGCCCUCUUACAUAUGUCCGACUCGUUACGCCUUGUCGUGCCAAUACAUGCGACCAUAUCCAAUGCUUUGAUGCGCUCAGUUUCUAUUCCAUGAAUGAACAGUCCCCCCAAUGGCAGUGUCCUGUAUGCAGCCAAGACAUUAAAUCGGAAGACCUGCGCCUGGAUGGAUACGUCGAAGAUAUCCUACGGCGUGUCCCCGCCCACCUCGAUGCUGUCCUUGUCGAAUCGGACGGCUCAUGGCAUUCGGCUGAUGACCAAUACCACUCUGGCUCGCCGAUCCUGCAGGAACCGAGCUCUGUACAGCCGGACACACAGGAUAUGUUGGAUACGCCGGAGGAUACGCCCGAGCCAGGUGGUGAAACAAUCUCGCUCACGCCUGCCAGCCAUGCUAUGGCGCCCAAGACCGAGAUCGCCACGCCGCCUGCGGUUCAGUCACCUGCUGGCCGCACUUGGUUGCCCGAUAAUGCCACAUUAUACCUAUCACAGCUAGACGUGGAUGGAUCGGCCCAAGUGGACUGCACGCCGCCUACGCCACUGCCACCCCCCGAUGUGAUUGACCUCACCUUCAGUAGUGAUGAUGAUUCAUAG